AUGGCCGAUUCCGACAACGAUUCCGGCGGUCACAGCAACAGCAACGCCAGCAGCCGUGAACAGGACAGGUUCCUUCCAAUCGCGAACGUCAGCCGGAUCAUGAAGAAGGCCCUGCCGGCAAACGCCAAGAUCUCCAAAGACGCCAAGGAAACCGUCCAAGAAUGCGUCUCCGAGUUCAUCAGCUUCGUCACCGGCGAGGCCUCCGACAAGUGCCAGAGGGAGAAGAGGAAGACGAUCAACGGGGACGACUUGCUCUGGGCCAUGACCACCCUAGGGUUUGAGGAAUACGUGGAGCCCCUCAAGGUUUAUUUAGCCAAGUACAGGGAGAUGGAAGGUGAAAAGAGCUCUUUGGUGGGCGGCAAGGAGGGUGGCGCCGGCGCCGGCGGCAGCAGCGGCUCCGCCGUGAAUUCCAGUGGGUAUAACAGCGGCGGUAUAUAUGGUGGGGCGGUGAUGGGCUAUCAUCACGGUGGACAGAUGUACAGUGCUGGCGGCAGUGGCGGCGGCAGUGGUGGUUCCGGUGGGUUUCAGCAUAUCGGUGGUGGUGGUGUUGCCGGAAAAGGGAAUUCCGGCGGCUAUGGGUUGGGUGGUGGAUCCACCGGAAGGCCGAGGUAG